AUGCCGACAGCUGCUCGUGAAGUCGUCCUCCUCUCUUCCUCGCCACCGCACAUCCCAGACUCCGAUAUAAUUUCCACCCCGCCGCACCUGCGCAACCCACCAUCGCCAUCGCCGCCGCCAGUGCCACAAUCCCCGCUGCCGUCCCCUCAUAGCUCGUCGAGUCUGCCGUCGCCAACCGUCUUGUUCAAGAGGCCUGCCCUUCACGGCUUGAAGAGCGGUUCGCGCGCCGCGCCUAUCCCCGAUGGCAUUACAUUGGGCUUUGCGAGCGCCGGCGCAUUGGUCAAGGAGCGCGUCUUGAGUCUGGACGCAGACGUUGGUGAGGAGAGCGGCGUUGGCCGAAGCAAGCGCAAGGAAGCCGCGAAGAGCACAUCCGGUCGAACAAAACCUGCGAAGCGCGCCGCGAGGAAGGCCGUUGAGGAAGGGGAUGAGGCCAUACCAAAGAAGCCUAGGAAGAGCAGGAAGAAGGACGAGCGGGAGCAUGUGCCGCGGGUCGUGGAGAUUGUCGAGGAAAACGUGCUUCCGGAGGGCAGUGGCCAGCGGGAGACAACGAGCGGCGUCGAGGACACGGGAGUUGCCAAGGGCAAUCAGGAUGCAGCUGCCGUGGAUAGUGGGGCCGCAGAGAAGCCAAAAGGGCGUAAGACCAGGGCCAAUUUGAACAACUCGGAAUUGAUCAGGAAUGUUCUCGGUCUUGAUCCCAUUGUGGAGCUACCACAGAGCGAAUCGCGCCGAGGCGGAGCGGUAGAGAAACUGAGGAGAAGGAAAGCCAAUAAUGACCCAGCUCAGCCCCCUGCUAGUCCUGUGGAGAGUGGUACAUCGGCAAAACCCAGUCGUCACGAUCCUGCGUUGGAUGAAGCUUUGCAGGAUCAAGCAGCAAACCCCAAGAAAACGGCAGAGAAGAAGCCGAGAGCGAGAAAGACAAAGAAGCCCGACGAUGCCUUGGUGGAGCCUCAAGAGCUUGCGGAAACGGCGAAAGCCCCGAAACCCCGAAAACGACAGACCACAACCCGCAAGAGCACGAAGACAGUUUCAGAUCAUUUUUCUCCCGACAACUUGGUCGAUACUGCAGCCCCCAAGAUGAGCCUUUCCGUGCCGGUCAAUAAUCCCCCCGAACCCCUGGAUCUUUCACCAGCAUUGAUGCGCAGACGAAGCUGGACACCCCCCAAGGAUACCAAGUCCUCGCCAAACGGACAUGAUCCAGUAGAACCCGUUGACCUGUGUGAGAACCCUUCCGAGAAGACUCCGGUUGCUGUAGGCUCCAAACCAUCGUUCGCAGAGCUGCUCGAUGCUUUUGGCUAUGAAGGGCAAAGAGCUGGAUCCGAAGCCUUGGCUUCUCGGACAGAGUCUGGUGAGGCCUUCACCAAACGAAGGAGAUUGGAGCCGAUUGAGAAGCCAAAUCAGCCGGCCGAAGUCAGCAUCCCCGAACCCUGCGAUAUGCCUUCGGAGAAUAUCAACAAACCGGACAAGGCACCCAAGAAGAAGCCCAGGACCAUUACCGAUCUGGCAACUGCUGCUUACCGCCCAGUUGCCCCAGCUGAAAUCUCAGAACCGCUCAAUCCACCCAUUGCUCCAACUGUGUCAGCCUUCUUUGCACCGCAAGCCGACUCAAUGCCUGACGCGGAUCGACCCGAUGCCCCCGAAGCUGAAAAGCCUAAACGCACUGGGCGAUCCAAGAAUCCGACGAAGAAAGCCGAAAGCAAGCCUAAGAAGCCGACUGCAAAGUCUAAGAAAGCCGUCAAGCUGGCUGCCGAGAAGCUGUUGUCGCCCGAGUCGGCAUCCCUUCGGAUGGAUCGUCAAGACAUCCUGUUCGGCACCUCCUCCCAGCUUGCCCGAGAAGAAUCGCCCACUUUCGUCAGAGACCUCCAGCAAGCCAUCCGAGACUCGGAGAUGUUGGGUUCGCAGAUUGACAACCUAGAGACUUUGCAUCUUAAACCGGCCGUAUCUGGCUCUGGUCUUUCACUGAUUGGGCAACGAAAGGGAUUGUGGGCUGCAGCGUCCAGAGACCAUGAGGACGGCAUUCUUGAGCAAGAGAAGUCAGCCAAUCAGGACAGCGAGAGAGACGUCUUUGUCGAUGACGGCAUGGAUUUUGUGCCCGAAGUCCCAGAGGAGGUUCCAUCAGUCACUCAACACCAGGCUACAGCGACAUGUAUUGAUGCGAACGAACAGGCCACCCAGGAAUCAGGAACGGCUGAGUUGGCGAAUUGUAGUACCGAUGACCUCCCUGAAGCACCGUCUAUGUCUCUGGGAGACGGCGACGAUUUUGAACGCGUCCCUAGCGCUCAGCCUGUCCAACCAUCAUCCGAUUACAUUGAUAUUGAUGAAUUUGAUCAUGACCAGCAGCUUUCUCAUCGAUCGCUCUCCUUGACAUGGCCAAGUUCCCAUUCAACGUCUCAUUCAUCGCCAAAUGCUCGCAGGACCGCGUUACAGCAGCUUGGAACACGUCCAAACAUCCCCCUUCUCCCACAGUCUAUAUCAGACGUCUCCAGCAACUUGGGCAAGGCCAUGUUCGCAACAAAAGCAGCAAGUCGAAGCAAGAAGGCCGUCGCUGCGGCAGAGAAGUCACCCACAAAGCGACCAGUAGGCCGGCCACGCAAGGUAGCUGCCUCCGACGACGGUGUAUCGCAAGACUCUGUGGGAGAGACUUCAAUCGCACCGGUCACAUCACCCUCAAAACGCCCUCGUGGCCCCAAGUCCAACGCUGCUGUGGCAGAGAAGGUGAAGAGCCCAUCGAAGGGCCCAAAAGGGAAAGCCCGUUCAACGUCAACAGCGGCUCUCUUAGCUACUCCAAAGAAACAGAAAAGCAAAAAGAAAGCGGCAGCUAAAGAAGAAUGGCCCGAUAUAGACGAGAUUGAAGACUCUCAAGAGGAGACCAGCCCAUCCCCACCACGCCGCACAAAAGCCGCAACUGCGCACCCGCCUUUGACGUUGAGUCUGUCGCAAGAGGAGCGCAAUACAGCCGAUGCUUUCGAAGGACCGACUGUACCCGUGCCUGGUUCCACGGCUCGUAAGAGUACCGAGAGAGUUCCGCAUUACUAUCUAGAAGCCGUCUUUCCCAAGAUCACCACCGUGGUGAAAGCCUGCCGGCCAUCAGACAACCCUUCACAGCCGUCAUGGCACGAGAAGAUGCUAUUGUACGAUCCGAUUGUGGUGGAGGAUCUUGCAGAGUGGCUCAACGGUCAAGGUGUCCAGGUGGGCGUGCUACUGCCCGUCGCGGAAUCGAGGAGGGGAAGAAAAAAGAGGGAAGAAGCUGAAGCUGAGGGAAUCUUGAUGGAAAAGCCGACUAGCAAAAAGAUGCAGGAGUUGCCGGAUUGGGCGGUGCAGAGAUGGUGCGAGGAAAAUAGCAUAUGCUGCAUGUUCAAGGAGUCGCCAUGGACUAAAGGAAGGAAAAAGAGAGCGAAACGUUGA